GUCGUCCAGAUAUCCGCAAGGGCCUCCGGGAAACAAGAAAAGGUCUGGUGGACAAAGUGGGGCGGGUGGUGCUUUGAGAAGGUGCUGCUGCUGUUACAGUCCACAUGAGCUAUUCGAAGUAUAACGCUGGAUUGGUAAAAAAGUUGAAAGUGGUCGUCAGCAGCUGGAUGUGUUGAAAAUGAUGCGGACUAUGAAGAUUUUAAUUCUCCUGGGACUCAGCUGCACAAGACAAGUGUUGUCCAACGACCCAUGGGGGCAAUGUCCUGCUAGCAGAAAGUGCAAAGACAAAUUUAGUGAUCGGUCAUGUGACAAGGAGUGCAUAAAGCCGGAAUGUCUCCUGGACGGAAUGGAUUGCCUCAAGGACAAAGGACACUGCCAUCCAGGCCACAUUCCGUAUUGCCGCAACCACUACGCCAACUCACAGUGCGACAAGGGCUGCGACAACGCCGCCUGCGGGUGGGACGGCGGCGACUGCUCGGCUCACCAGAGCCCCCUCUGGGCCAAGGGCACCCUGGUGGUCCACGCUGCCAUCCCCCACAAAGGCGGGGUCCCCACCAAUACGUCACUCCUGUGGGCGCUCAGCGUCCUGCUGCGGACCCCCACGACGCUGAGGGGCUCGGCGCCACUCGCCGUCGGCAGGAAUUUGUUCGACUUCGACCCCCAGCAGCUUGUUGACCUGUUGGCUGAAACGUCAGCAGGCGAUGCCAAUGGCUCCCUGUUUUUUCUGCAAGUGGACAACCGUCCAUGUUCCCGUCAGCCCUCAACGUGUUUCCCUCAUGCCACUGAGGCAGCUAGCUUCUUGAGGGCAAUCACGUCACGGAGGAUCUUUGCGUCUUCGGCCUUACCGGAGAUGAAGACCGUCAUUGCCGUUCGAGGUGUUCAGGAUGAAAUCGGGAGCCGGGACGAACAGGAAGGGGAGUGGACCAGAAAACAGGAUGUCAAAGAGCCGACACCCACGUGGCUGUGGGCUGUCGUCGCCAUAGCGAUAAGUCUGCUCCUGACUCUGGCCUUGGUGGUCUUCCUGGUGGUAAGGAGGAUGAGGCAGCAGAGGCGGCAAAGAGAAGGGAGCAGUCACGGAGCAGGAGGCCAGCAGGUGAACCACCGCUCCACCACCACGGAUGGAAAACCCAAAACCUGGACGGCAACGGCCACCCAGCAGGAGGCCAGGGGGAGGCCGGCCCGGGAGAAAGACAAAGACAAGUUGGCCCCCAGGAAGAAGAAGAAAGCCAAGGAGGCUGAAAAGAAAAGGAGGAGGGAACCCCUGGGAGAAGAUGCCAUGAGGAUGAGGCCUCUUAAAAGGGAGCAGGACAUUGCCAGCGACACGGACUUCACGCAGAGUUCCUUGGAGGACGUGAGGACCGUUGGACGCCAGGAAGACGUCAAACAUUACAGAGGGGGAGGAUCACAGCCUCGUAGGCCGCCUCCAGCUUCCACUCACGGCUGGCACCGGAACGCCACGCCUCCGCCUCUGCUCAGUCCCCCUCAACAGUCUGCAGAAUGGUGCGGCCCGGAUGGCUCCGUGGUCCUGAUCCGUGCGGUGCGCAGUGGACUGGACCGAGUAGUUCUGGAACUACUCAGAGCUGGAGUGUCUGUCAAUAACACGGAUCAUACUGGGAGGUCGGCCCUGCACUGGGCGUGCUCGGUGAACCAUCUUUCCCUGACCAGGACGCUAAUUCGCUAUGGUGCUGCUGUGGACCUGCAAGAUAAUAAGGGUGAGACGCCGCUUUUCCUUUCUGCCUUCUACGGCUGUUACGACACCGCCAGGCUUCUUCUCCUCCACGGUGCCAACUUGGACCUCCAUGACCGCAGGGGGCGCCGCCCUGUAGAUGUGGCCAGGGAAGGCUUGCACCAUCAAGUCCUGGAGCUCCUACUGGCGCACCAGAUCCAGAGGGGGCCCACCACUGUGGACACAUCCAGCGACAUGCUGUGGGAAGAGCGGGCGCUUAUGUACUCGCCGUGGGUUGGGACGCAAGGACGGAGUGCGUCCUUCUCUGGGAUUGUGGCACAUCGGGACAUGACACCACCACCGCAGAAUAACUGGUCGAUGGGCGGCGUCCAAUACCCAUCCCCUCAAAACUGGCGACCGCAGCUCAACCAAUCAGCGACCGCUCUGGUACCCCCCAGAAUCAUGGGCCGGUCCCCUCGGCCCAUAAGCACCUUGCAGGAGGUCACCUCGGAGGAUGAGGAUCGAGAUAGGCGGCAGGAACACCCCAGGGCGGUGACCCCUCACUUCCUAUCGCCGCAGCCGGCUCCCCGGCAGCGUUCCUUCUCGUGUACCCAGCAUGCUUUGCAGCGCCGCUCCAGCUCCCACCAGAUGGAACCCAAUUACGUGAUUGUGACCGAACGGACAGCCAAUGAGCACAUAGAACGAGUCAUCGUGUCCCCUCCGCCAGAACCCGCGACGCAGACACUCGUGAACGGCGGAGGCAACGACAAUGGCGGCAGAGUGGAGCAAGCUAAUGUUAGCGCCCCAGGUUCAGAGCCCAAAUCUCGGGGUGAGAGGUCAAAUAAUGCCAAUGAUGCCACACAGACGGCCUUGUAGGAAGGCAUAAGUUGCCCCAUUGAACAAUAUAAUACAGUCAAGCCUCAUUCAUCACAAUGGAUACAUCCAAAAGGACAUACGGUGGCCCGAAAGAGACAAAUUUUGUAUAUACAACCUUGUUUGAUGGUCUUAAUUACGUUAUAAUCCAUUUUGCAUCUGUUGAUUAUUAUAUUAAAUGCAGUAUAUUUGUAUAAAAUGA